ACCAAAACAGUGGCAAGAAUGUCAGAACUCGGUCCUCCUAAGAUGGGCUAAAUGGAUCUGCUUGGUGUUUUAUAAGCGCACAUCAGCUUUUCGGAUCUUUAAGAUCCGAUUAUGGUGCGGCAGAUCGCAACAAUUCGUGCGUUUACGUUAAAAUAUGCCAUUAAACCUUCGUUCGUCAGCAGUUGGUGGUCGUUAGCUGUAAAUUCUGGCUUGCAGAAAACCACAAAGUUAUGCAAAGAUAAUUUCAACUAAAUAAAGUUUCUGCAAAGGGCAACGGAUGGAGCACACACUACUUAUCCUUAACCUAACACAAUUUAACUCAGAUUAUCGUUGAUAUUGCUUAUGGCUUGCGUUUCUGGCUCCAGUGCAAAAAAUGUCCAGUCCAAAUGUCAGCUCACCGGUGAUGGCGGUGACUUCAGCGGCCGCGGAGCAGAAAGCGAGCCCGGCGUCAUUUGAGAUCUACGGGAAGAUCUGGAACGUGCAGGCUCGGUUGGGUCAGGGCGUCUCGGCCUCGGUGUACCGGGUGAGCUCCGGUAGGGCCACUUCUGCAGUCAAAGAGUUUCAGGUGGACCCGCAAGGUGGAGAUUAUGGGUACCUCAAGGAGAGCUCGGUGCUGGAGAAGAUUCAGGGACAUAAGAAUAUCGUGACGCUGUAUGGGAUGUUUACCAAUCAUAACCCCUUCGGUGUGGCCACUCAUUGCCUGUUGUUGGAGCUGCUGGAUGUGAGUGUGUCUGAGCUGCUGGUCCGGGCCAGUAAUCAGGGUCACUCCAUGUGGUUGAUUCAGCACUGCGCCCGGGACGUAUUGGAGGCUCUGACCUUCCUGCACAGAGAAGGUUUCGUCCAUGCAGACCUCAAGCCCCGCAACGUCCUCUGGAGCGCUGAUGACGAGUGCUUUAAACUCAUCGACUUCGGACUUAGCUUUAAAGAGGGACAUCAAGAUGUGAAGUAUAUCCAGACAGAUGGAUACCGGGCUCCUGAGGCUGAGCUGCAGAACUCAUUGGCUCAGGCAGGUGUGGAGAGCGACUCAGGCUGCACAACCGCUGUGGAUCUGUGGAGUCUGGGCAUCGUCCUGCUGGAGAUGUACUCAGGAAUGAAACUCAAAGAAACUGUCAAGUCUCAGGAAUGGAAGGAUAACAGUUCUGCAAUCGUAGACCAAAUAUUUUCAAGCAAUGCUUUGGUUUACCCAGCUAUCCCUGUCUUUCAUUUGAGGGAUCUGAUCAAAAGUAUGCUUCACAAUGACCCUAAACUCAGAAGCACAUCCGAGGCUGCAUUAAUGAGCCCUUUCUUCAGCAUUCCCUUUGCACCUCAUAUUGAAGAUCUGGUCCUUCUGCCCACACCUGUCCUGAGACUACUAAACGUAAUUGAUGACAGCCAUCUGUAUAAUGAGGAUGAGUAUGAAGAUAUAAUAGAGGACAUGAAAGAAGAAUGUCAAAAGUACGGCACAGUUGUGUCCUUAUUGAUCCCGAAAGAGAAUCCCGGCAAGGGACAGGUGUUUGUGGAGUAUGCAAAUGCUGGAGACUCCAAAGAAGCCCAGAGAUUACUGACAGGCCGUACUUUUGAUGGCAAGUUUGUGGUUGCUACAUUUUACCCACUGAGUGCCUAUAAGAGAGGUUACUUAUACCAAACUGUACAGUAAAACUGUACACACACACCUCCAUUCAAAAAGUGUAAUUUACUUUACAAUCAUGUUAAGUUCACUUUGUGUGUAUUGUUUAACUGAUGCGCUACCUUUAAUAUUUACAUCUCACACAGAUUAAGAUUAUUGUGAAAAUAAGACACAUGAGAGGAAUAAGGAGAAAAGUUUUAGUGCCUGCUUCCUACUUUUAUACUAAAGGAUCGCACCAUUAUAAGACACUUACAUUUACUUUGUGAUAGCUGGUUGCCAGAUAUUCACUAUUUAUGCUUCCAUUUUUUUUCUCUUUUUGCAGUGGCAUUGAUGCGCUGCUUUGGUUUACACACUGCCUUCUAAACACUUUAGAGACUAGGUUUACAUGCUCUUUGAAUGUCUACAAUUCCACAAUUUGCAGUUUACGUGGGCUGUUUUCUUCCGUUCUAUUUUUCCGUUGUUAGUUUUAGUGGUGGUAUGUUGGUAUUUCCAGUAAUUAUGCACAUAUUUAUAAACUACUGGCGAAAUACACUGGCCUACAUGCACUGUGGCGUGGUUAACGUUUAUGUUCGACUUGACCAUGAAAGCUGUUUAACCUUAUUUUUAAAAAGACACAAAUCCAUCAGCGUCUACAGAGAGAGCACAAAUAUUACCGAGCGGGUAGCCUUGUGCUAUAUAGAUCAUCCUUAAGUGACUUUUCAUUGCAUAUUCAGGGGUUGACUGGAACGAGACUCCACGUCGAACACAAAAGCCACAAUCUGUGUCUCAUCUAAAAUGUUUGUCAAAACCUCAAUUGAAAAUAACAUCGUUAUACAAUUUCAAACUUGAAUUCCAAAGUAUAACUUGUCUUGUGGAGACAUUCAAGUGAUAAAAUGCAUGAGAUGUUGUGGUGAGCUGCAUAACUCAUUUAUAGCACACAUCUGUAAAGAUUCAGGAGCAAAUAAUCUACUCUGUAUCUUCCUUAAGCUGGACUGCCUACACGCUGAUAAAUAAUGCUGUUUACUUCACCUGUGUUACUUUCAUAUUUAAUAUAUGGUGAAACAAAUGUGUAGCACACCAUUUCAUAUUAAUUCAGAAAGGCUUUUUUUUCUUGUUGGCUUCUUGCUGGAGGGAAAGUUCAGCCAAAAUUGAAAAUCUAACUUUUCAAGAUUUUUCUUUAACCAAACAUCAAAGAAGAGUUUUUACUGAGUUUAAGUCAAGGCUAUUUAAUUAGUUUGUCAUGGGGGCCAGUUCAUGAAAAGCAUCCUAAAUGAGGGGCCAGAGAGUUAUGGCUUGCAAUAUAAGUAAUGACAAAACAGCAAUAUAAGAGCCCAUGUGCUGUAGUUUUGCUCCUUAAGACACCCACGUCUGCUUUUUCUACAUGAAAACGUUAAUAUGUUGUAUUUUGAAACUACACAACGUCACUGCAUUGUACAAUGUGGCUUUUUUUACAAACAUAUUUAAAUGUUGUAUUUCGAAGCACAAUAAAAUCAGUGUAUUGCUCAUGUAGGCUUCUACAUUCAAACACAUUUAUAUGUUAUGUUUUGAACUGUGUAACGAUUAGGGAUGCAACAAUUAGGGAUGCAACGAUUAUAGAUUUUGAUUGUAUGAUUGAAGUCUGAAGAAUAAUUAUGGUUUCACGGUUAUUACGAUUAUUAUGCAUUUAUUUAAUUCAAAAGACUUACUAGUUUAGAAAAAUCACAAGAAAACUGCUUAUAUUUAAAAGUGUUAUUUAUUGCUGCUCAGUAACCAAAUACAGCACAAAAUAUUCAUAAAAAAUGAAAAAUAGUAAAUUUUUCUUCUUGGGCUUAAUCUAAAGAGAAUAAAUGCGAAAGUUUUUGAUUUAAACAGGAGUGAUGAAAAUAAAUGACAGAACAAUGAAUAAAUAAAUAAAAAUAAAAAAAUCGUAUUUGUCUAAUGUUAAUUUAAGCUAUAUAUUAGCUAAGAAUGUAAACUGUUGUUAUUAUCUGUGCGCAUACAUGCAUAAUAAUUUAAAUAAUUUGUAAAAAUUCAUCUAACGUAUCUUUUGUUUACAUUGCACUGAAAGCCAAGCACAGCUCUUACCACUACAGCAUGAGAUCAUAUCUACUGAGUGCACCUGGAGGGCGUGAGUGCGUCGGUCCGCUUGCGAGACAUAAUAUGUGAAUGGCCCGCUGCUAUAGUUAAUCCAGUGUGUGUGCGUAUUAGCCUCGGUAUAAGCUCGGAACUUUAAACUAACACACAGGUGGCAUAACUUUGUUUACUUGCAGCAGUUUUGUUCCAUGCAACAGAAACGUGGCAUUGAGAAGACUUUACAAUUAAUUAACCGUAAUGAAAUAAAGCGCGGUUAAUAGUGAAAUCGGCUAAUCAUUGCAUUCCUAUUAACAAAUUGCCUCGGGGGCUGGGUUCGGCCAGCGGGCCACCAACUGAAUUCCCUGCUUUAAGAUGAUUUAUUCAAAUUCAAAAUGCAUGUCAAUGUCUACCACUUUAAGAGUAAAAAAAACAUCAGGACAAAACAAAAUUAUCUCCUGGCUAUACACUACCUGACAAAAGUCUUGUUGCCUAUCCAAGUUUUACGAACAACAAAAAAAUAUCUCGAUUUCUAUUUGAUCAUUUGGUAUCAGAAGUGGCUUAUUUUACCAAAAUAAAAUAUGAUUAUGCCUUAAUUUAAAUUAUUUAAUUAGGGCAGUAAGGUCUUACUGAGACAAAAGUUGUUUCUUAACAGAAAUAAUGUACAGCAUAGAAUAUAAAGUCAUGGUGCAGUGGAAAAAGAAUUAAUACUGUGUUUGACUCCUAUGAGCUUGGACGACUGCAUCCAUACAUCUCUGCAAUGACUCAAAUAAUGUCAUCAGGAAUGGCAAAGAAAGCAUUUUUGCAGGACUCCUAAUAAUAUUCAUGUCUGAUGACUGGGCUGGCCAAUCCUUGAGCACCUUGACCUUUGGUUUUUAGCAAUUUUGAUGUGGAGGCUGAAGUGUGAGGAGUGCUAUCCUGCUUAAGAAUUUGCUCUCUCAUGGGUUCAUAAUGUAAUGGGCAGCACAAAUGUCCUGAUACCUCAGGCUGUUGAUGUUGCCAUCCACUCUGCAGAUCUCCCACACACACCAUACUUAAUGUUACCCCAAACCAUGAUUUUUUUCUUCACCAAACUUGACUGAUUUCUGUGAGAAUCUUGGGUUCCAAUAGUAUUUGUGAUGACUGGGAUGCAGUUCAACAGAAAUUUCGCUGGAAAAAAAAAUCGGCCUUCUGCUACUUUUCCAAAUGUCAAUUUUUUAUUUGUUGCUCUUACAACUGGGAUUGACGACAAGACUUUUGUCAGGUAUUGUACAUUGAGCUCUUAUAAAGCAAAAUAUUAUAUCGCUGAACCAUUUUGGUUUGAGACAAAAUAUUCAAUGUCCUACUGAAGAAAAAAAAAGGCACCUAGGAUAAGUAAAUUAACACUUUUCAUUUUUGGGUGAACUAUCCCUUUAAAGCUCAGAUGUUCUACACAGACAUAUUAUACUCAAAUAUAUCAGCUAUCUGAGUGGAUUUCACUAUCUAUACAAUAAAUAGUGAGUGAUUUUGAAGUCGUAACAUCAUUUAAAGGCUUUUCCGUUGUUGUGAUAAUGUAUUUUCCAAUGAGUUUGUCUGUGAUUGCAUGACAUGUGGAGUCUUUAGUCCUAGCACAUAGCCAUCGUUUGUAUGAGCAUUCGCAUUUAUUACUUCAUCAAUAUAGUCUGAUGGUUUGUCAGUCUUCCGGGUAUAAUUGUUUUUAUUUUAUUCCUUCUAUACAGUCCAAAUGGCAUACUUUUCUUUGUCCUGCUGUCUAGAAAUGUAAAAUUCACUUCCAGGGCUGCAGUAUUGUAAGUGUACAAGUCAAUGUAAAGAAAGAAGGGGUUGUUUGUUGUUGGCAAUUGCAGAUGUUAACGAAAAAGUCAAACACAAAAUACUAUUAAUUUACUUUUCUAGAUUGGGAGUGGAUUAGAUUUCAUUGUGGCUAUUGUUGUUUUUUUGUUGAUGGAAUGUUUUUAUGAUGUUGUAGUAAAAGAGCACAUCGGUCGAACUGAUAUAUGCAUGUUCUAAGAGCGUGUCUUUUGAGAUUUGGUUAAUUUACUGAAAUUCAGAUUUUGCGCAUUGGAGAAGAAGGGUGAUGAUCUAGAUUUCAUACACUUAUAUAACGCUCUUGUCACUUUGAUGGCAACUUCUAACUCUUGGUUAGAAAGAUUCAUUAUUUAAAUUGUGAGAUUGUAUUGAAAUGCGCUAAAAUCAUCCAGUUAUGACUCAGGAAACUAAUUCACCACUGAUUUUCUCAGUAUUAUCCUUUUUUUCUCUUUCUUUUAAUGUAUGCAAGUAAAAUAAUGUACAGUUGAAGUCAGAAUUAUUAGCCCCUUGGAUUUUUUUUUUUUU